AUGUCAAACGCAACGAUGGAAGCAACUCAAAUGAAGGUAAAACUCGCCGUCGAUGAAAUGAUCGAUGAGCUCGACAAGAAAUAUCUUCGAGAUAUGCAGAAGAAUAUGUUCUUGUGCUCCGCGCGGUGUUGCGACAACAAGAGCAGCACUCGGGAUUCGGUCGAAUCGUGCGUUGAAAAAUGCAACGACGGCAUGAAAAAAGCGCAAAUGCAUCUCGAGAAGGAGCUCGGAGGACUUCAGGAUCAAUUGUCGAGAUGCGCGAUGACAUGUUAUGAUAAACUGGUUCAACAAUUUGGACCGGAUGUCAACAAAUACUCGGAGCAUCAGGUAGAUUUUGUAUUUUUAGAAGCAUUUGAAUUUUAA